GGAUCUUGGACUCCAAUGGCGCGGGUGCGGUGGUGCCUGAUGCUCUUCGAGGCCCUGGCCUACACUGCGCGGCGCCGCGACCUGGCCGUGCUCCUCAACGGCCUCAAGGCCUACCUGCACGCGCAUCCACUGCGCACCUCGCGCUGGCGCCCACUGCUUCUGUUCUCCAUCAUAACCGUGCUGCCACACUUCGCACUUUUUGUUGGCCAGAUGAGUCAGAUCCCCGCCCGUGGCGCGGUCGGGACGACCCAGGCCGUCGCGUACGUGGUGCUGUUCUCGGUGGGCGCGUUCGUGUCCGCCUGCUUGUAUAUGCGCAUCCUGUGCCCACUGGCGGUGCUGCGCGCCGCGGCCGCAGACCUGCGCAUCGACUGGAAGCGCGCGGUGCUGGCGGCCCUCGGUGAGGACGCCAUCAUCCACGACCACGACGCCGUCCCUCACGAUCACAACGCCAGCCCCCCCGUGCUCCACGGCCACGACACCGUCCUCCACGACUACGACGCCGGCCUUCAAAGCCCCGAAGCCAUCCUCCACAACCGCAGCAUCGACGGCCACAUGGCGGCCCUUGCCUGGCGAGCACUGCGCCAGCGCCAGCUCCUCCUCCACGACCUGGUGCGCAAGUCCAGCGACGCCAACGGGCCCUGCAUCCUGGCGCUGCUGUUGAGCCUCGCCGGCCUCACCACAGGCGCGAUGGACGUCCUCGAGAGUGACCUCAACGACGCAGACGUCGUUCCGGCGCUGCUGUACUACGUCUUGUUCAUCGUGUACGUCCUCGCCGUCACCGCAGUCUGCCAGUGGCCAGCGACAGAGGUUCGACCUUGCAAGGCCUUAAAGCAAUAUAAAUCAGCAGCUGUUGUUUCCUCGCACUCUUUUCUUCUUGUCGCAGUUUCAAGCAAUGGCCAUGGAGAUCAAAUGUCUUUCACUACGGUACCGGCGAGCCUUGGAGCCAAGCGCCCUCGGCGAGGCCCGGUCUCUGCUCAAAGACCUCGAGCGGCAGGACAACCGGUACGACCUUCUAGGAGUGUGCCACUGCGACGACAGCGCCCUCACAACAGUGAUGUCAGCAGUCUCCGUCUACUUAUUUACCUGCUUCGUGACGAAGGGCUUCACGAGAAUGCAAAGAAACAAAUAAAUCAAGGCUCGUCGUCAUACAGUAGGCUGCUGUGGUUUCAUCAAUGAACGUGACGACCAUUUUCUUUUUUAAAUGGAGUGCCAACACUUCGUGUUUUGAAUGACGAAUGGGUGAUUUUUGUACCAGUUUGUAAGGAUAGGGGUGGGAAAAUUUCCACUCAAAUAAAUACGAAUGAGACUUAA